GAGAGAGAAACAGAGAGAGAAACAGAGAGAGAGAGAGAGUCCACAGGUAGUAGUCAGAUUACUCUGCCUGUUUGGUUCUGUAUUGCAGACGUCUGUCCUACCGUCUGACCAGGACGGUGCAGCUCAGCCAGUCCCAGCACUGGAAUUUCCCAGGAGCAGGGGCAGCAUGGAAUGUGGACUUUUCCUGAGCAACUGAAGUGGAACAGGGAGCUUGUCUGACCCAGGAGAGCACCAUGGAUGGCGAACCACCAGGCAGGACUGGCAGCAGGCCCUUGAGGCCAGGAGACUGUCCUGACACCAGGCUUCUUUCAAAUCCACUGAUGGGGGACGUUGUGUCUGAUUGGUCUCCAGUGCAUGAUGCCGCGAUCCAUGGGCAUCUGCUGUCUUUGAGGAAUCUCAUCCGCCAGGGGUGGGCUGUGAACGUCAUCACAGCAGAUCGUGUUUCCCCACUGCAUGAAGCUUGUCUUGGAGGUCAUCCCUCUUGUGCAAACAUUUUAUUAAAGCAUGGAGCUCAGGUGGACGGCAUCACCACGGACUGGCACACUCCCUUGUUCAAUGCUUGUGUCAGCGGCAGCUGGGACUGUGUGAAUUUGCUUCUGCAGCAUGGAGCCAGCCCCCACCCUGUCAGUGACCUGGCGUCUCCCAUCCAUGAAGCCGCUAAGAGAGGCCACGUGGAGUGCGUUGAGUCCCUUGCAGCUCAUGGGGGUGACAUUGACCAUCACAUCAGCCACCUGGGCACCCCACUCUAUUUGGCUUGUGAAAACCAGCAGAUAGCCUGUGCCAAGAAGCUUCUGGAAUCAGGAGCAAGCGUGAAUCGAGGCCGGGGUCUGGACUCCCCUCUUCACGCAGUGGCCAGGGCAUCCAACGGGGAGCUGGUCCGCCUGCUUGUGGACUUUGGAGCAGACACUCAGGCCAAGAACGCUGAAGGCAAACGUCCCUCCGAGCUCGUGCCUCCAGAGAACCCUCUGAUCCAGCUCUUUUUGCAGAGAGAAGGGCCCGCCUCUUUGAUGCAGUUAUGCCGCCUUAGAAUCCGGAAGUGCUUUGGGAUCCAACAGCAUCAUAAGAUCACCGGCCUCCUCCUCCCCGAGGAACUGAAACGGUUUCUCCUGCACGUUUAACUGUGUCAAGGCAAACACUAUUGCAUGCUGUGGCCACAGGGAUUUAGAAAUAAAGUUGGGGUUAUAGAGCACGGCCAGUUUCUUCAAUCGGAUUUUUGUUUUCAAUGGCAACACACUGGGUACUUUUGUAUUA